UAGAAUGCUAAGCCUACGAGAUUUAUAUUAUAAAAGAAAGACCUUAAAUUUUCUGUAAAUUGUGUGAUCACGUCUCUUAUACAAUUGAUAAAAAUACAAUGGGUUCUGAAUGUUUCGAAACAAAUUCCUUAGACUUUACCGAAUUUUGGGCCAACACAGGCGUGAAUAGCGAAGUCCUUCGCGGCACAAAGCUACGGGAGGAGAAACCCAACUGUAGUAAAAAACAACAACAGUUUACACCAGUUAAUAUCAAUAUAAACGGCUCUGUAAAGAAGAUGCAUAAACAUAGGCGUGGCAAACGUAAACCAGUUACAAAUACAAAGAGCAGAUGUCUAAUGAGACUAGCAGAACUAGCUAUUCCGUCAAAGCGUCAAUGUCUUGAUACCUGGAGAAAUAGAGGGAAGACUCUCCCUAACUUCAUGGUAGAUAGGUUGCGACAAUAUGUUAUGGAUGAAAAAGCCGUGGUCCAUAUUAAGGAUGCAAUUUAUUGCUUUAAAUCUCAAAAACUCAAACGAUCCAGAUCGAAUAAAUUAAAAUUUAUAAAGAACGGAAACAUCGACAAAGAAAAAUUAUUCUGCGCUAUUUUUGGACAUAGAAUUGUAAUGAAGCUAUUGCCAUGUGGACGAAUACCAGUACCAACGAGUUUAAAAAAUCUUACCGAAAUCGUAAACAAUGACAUAGAACAGCUUCUUCGAAGAAGGAAAAGAAAUACCAUUCAUAAAACAAUACGAGACGAAAUAUCAGAAAAGGUGACUGUUUGGAUUGCGAGUGUUCUUGACGAGUCGGAUAUUAAUUUAAUGAUGGAUGACUUUGAAGAUUUAGAAGAAAAGGAGGGUCAUGUAUGGGAUAUAAUCGAUGAUCUGAUUGAAGCAGUAGUAGAGAAUUGCAAAUCUGAAAGCAUAUCGUACGUAGAAGAGAAAUAUCCAUCGCGAACCAUUAGCUUCCAUUCAAUUGUCAGCAAUAUAUCACGUUUAUCAUUAAACAAAGAAGAAAAAACUAGCUUUUACGAUGACAUAAACAACAUAACUUCAAAUACAAAUGAAUAUAAAAUCAAUAUGAUAGAUGUUAUUCUAUUGGAUAUAAUUGACAGCAUAUGUAGAUAUGACAAUCAAAUAAAUGGUUUUGUUCAAAAUCUUCUUGAUAAGAUAGUAUCAGAAGUCAUAGCCAUCGAUAAAGAGGAAAUAAAUAUAAAAGAUGAAAUAAAAACAGAUGGUGAAAGAAAUACAAUAGACAUGACUGGUAGCCAUUUACCUAAAAUGAUUAUUUUAGAACAAGCUGAUUCUGUGAAUGACUUCUCUAAUGAUACACCAGAAAGCAAUACUAGCAAUUUAGAAAACAGAGCACAAACCAAAAAUACAGACGCACAAAAUGAUUUUAACAACCAAAAUUACUACGAUAUAAUACCCAAAGAUACAAGUACUCACGAUGCAGAUAAUGAUGUCAAAAACGAAAGUAACAACAGUGAAAACAAAGAAAGCAUUACUAUUAGAGAAAAAAUACAAUUAAUUGAAAGUGCCGAAAACACUCAAACAGAACCAAUACAAGAGGACGACGCUUUGAAUCAGCUCACAGUAUCUGAAACUAAACCACAUAUCGAAAAUGAGUUAGAUGCAACAGAAAGCAAAACUAGCAAAUUAGAAAACGGAGCACUAACUAAAAAUACAGACGAACAAAAUUAUUUUGACAACCAAACUUACUACGAAAUAGUACCCAAAGAUACAAGUACUCACGGUGCAGAUAAUGAUAUCAUAAAAGAAAGUAACAAUAGUGGAAACCAAGAAAGCGUUACUAUUAGAGAAAAAAUACAAUUAAUGGAAAGUCCCGAAAACACUCAAACAGAACAAAUACAAGAGGACGACGCUUUGAAUCAGCUCACAGUAUCUGAAAUAAAACCAUCUAUCGAAUAUGGAUUAGAUACAAAUGUCAGUACAGAAAAUAUUCAAUUAGAACUAAAAGAUUCAUAUGAAUGGUCCGAAGAUAGUUUUAAAAAAGUUAAAUUUUCUGAUACCAAUAUCGGAAACGAACAACGGUCAAUAGACGGUGAUUCCAAGUACAAUAAAAAUGAAGCCAGCUUUUUGCACAAAAAACUUUCAUCAAGCUCUCAAAGAAACUACUUUAAACACAUUAAUUUUUCCCCUCCAAAUACACACCUUCUAUAUAAUGUAGACGAAACAUGGCCUGAAGAGUUUUAUCCUUUAACAACAAAACUUUCUGCAACCGUUAGCAAGUCCGUAAUAUCAUUAGGUUUCAUUAAUGAAGCAGAUGAGAAAUCAAUUCCCUCUCCAAUUACUUUAAGAGAGAGGGAGCAAAAUGUUGAAAAACAAUUUGUGGCAGAUAUUUCUAAUUUAUGUGAAGAAAUUUUGAAAGACAGUAAUGAUUUACAAAAGACCUUUUUGCUAAAUAUAUGUGAUACAAAUACGGCUAUAGAAUCGAAAUAUCAAGCUUCCUAUCAAACUUCACAAGGAAGUGGUUCUAUUUGCUUAAACAUAAAAAGAUCACAUGAAAAGGGUGAUAACGGAGACGGUAAAGAAUUACCUAUAAAUUAUGUCGGUAAAUCACAGAACACUCGAAAAUUAACAGUCAAAGUUUUGUCUUGUAUUAACAUUGCUUCGGAAAUAGAAGUUUCAUCAGAUAAAGGACUCACCAAAGAAAAACAAAUACAAACAGAUUCAGAGAAAAUAAGGUUAAAUCCAAAAUAUAAACCAAUACGACAACACGAGGUACGUCUCAUGUGCAAGGGACUUUAUAAUGUUGUUAUAAAUAUGGAAAAAUGGUUAAAUUGGAUAAUUUGCGUAGCAAACAUCGUAUCUGCAAAAUUACAGCAAAAUGAUACAAAUAGUAUAAAAACACAAAAAGAUAAAGAGUGGCUACACUUAAAAAAAAGUGUUGAUUCAGAUAGAAAAGUAUGGCACCAUUUAUACAAAAGGCUCUCUAUUGGUAUAAACAGUUACAAAAAUAAUUUCAAAGAGAACAAUGCUAAGAUCAAGUCAGUACAACCAAAAUCAUGUAUAUGUAGGGGCUUUUAGCGGUUUUUAUUGAGUUGCAGGUUAUACAUCAGAUAUAAUAAAAAUAUUCUCUGCA